ACCUUCAGGUUCAAAAUAUCAGGAAAGACAGGAAAUGCUGUGUGAAAAUAGCAGACCAAAAGUUCUUAGUUAACUGCAGCCAGGGAGACUCAGACUGUGAUGGAAAUAGAAAGAGCUGAUACAGACUGGGUUUAAUUCUAAGCUUUUUUGUGGCUGAGUUUUUGUUGUUGUUAAUUUAUUGAAUUUAGAGUUCUAUUGCACUGGUCAUGUGAAGGACCAGCAUUAAAAUACGGACAGUUUUGAAUACUAUAGCAUAUAUGUACUCAGAGUAUUUUUAUUAAAGAAGAUAAAGAGCCCACCAUAGAUCUCGUCUUCAUCUUCACCCAAUUACAAAAUCAAAAGUUAAGGAACAGCAUCUAAAGACACUUUUAGGUGGGGAAAAGAAAACCUCUAGAGAUGGCUCUAAAUGAUUGUUUCCUUCUGAACUUGGAAAUGGACCAUUUCGUGCACUGCAACAUCUCCAAUCACAGUGUGGAUUUCCCCAUGAACGACGACUCGUUCCACCCGGGAAUCUUCUAUGUCAUCCCUGCAAUUUAUGGGGUUAUCAUUCUGAUAGGCCUCGUUGGCAACAUCACUUUGAUCAAGAUCUUCUGCACGGUCAAGUCCAUGCGAAAUGUUCCAAACCUGUUCAUUUCCAGUCUGGCUUUGGGAGACCUGCUCCUCCUGGUAACGUGUGUUCCCGUGGAUGCCAGCAGGUACCUGGCCGACAGAUGGCUGUUUGGCAGGAUUGGCUGCAAACUAAUCCCCUUUAUACAGCUUACCUCUGUGGGGGUGUCUGUCUUCACACUCACGGCACUCUCGGCGGACAGGUACAAAGCCAUUGUCCGGCCAAUGGAUAUCCAGGCCUCUCAUGCUCUGAUGAAGAUCUGCCUCAAAGCCGCCUUGAUCUGGGUCAUCUCCAUGCUGCUGGCCAUCCCAGAGGCCGUGUUUUCUGACCUCCAUCCCUUCCACGAGGAAAGCACCAACCGGACCUUCAUUAGCUGUGCUCCAUACCCACACUCUAAUGAGCUGCACCCCAAAAUCCACUCCAUGGCUUCUUUUCUGGUCUUCUACAUCAUCCCACUGUCGAUCAUAUCCGUCUACUACUACUUCAUUGCCAAAAAUCUGAUCCAAAGUGCUUACAAUCUUCCUGUGGAAGGGAAUAUACACGUCAAGAAGCAGAUCGAAUCCCGGAAGCGACUUGCCAAGACAGUGCUGGUGUUUGUGGGCCUCUUUGCCUUCUGCUGGCUCCCCAACCACGUCAUCUACCUGUACCGUUCCUACCACUACUCCGAGGUAGACACCUCCAUGCUCCACUUUGUCACCAGCAUCUGUGCCCGCCUCCUGGCCUUCACCAACUCCUGUGUGAAUCCCUUUGCCCUCUACCUGCUGAGCAAGAGUUUCAGGAAACAGUUCAAUACCCAGCUCCUCUGUUGCCGGCCUGGCCUCAUCACCCGGUCUCACAGCACUGGCAGAAGUACCACCUGCAUGACCUCCUUCAAAAGUACCAACCCCUCAGUGGCCACCUUUAGCCUCAUCAAUGGGAAUAUCUGUCAUGAGGGGUAUGUCUAGACUGACCCUUGACUUUGCCCCCCUAGAGACUCUUGGUUUUGCUUUAUGGCUGGUCAGGAACCCUAACAUCUGUUGUCAUCUCUGUGCCCUCCAAAGACCCUUCAGAAUUCGUGAGAGUGGUGUAGGUGGGUGGGGAGAGACCCAAAUGGAUCACUACUGUUUCAAAGUCAGCCACCAGGCUAAUGUUUUCCAUUUCAACUUGUGAAUGCUUUUUCUUAUCUAUAGCUUUUAGAAAAGGGAACAAGUAGGAAAUUAUUAUUUUAAGCAUCAAGCCCUGAUACACAGUUGUAGCCAAUUAAGUCAUAAAAACUAUAUGAACAACCAGAUUUAUAUAACAGAGGAAUCAUACAUUGAAUGUGGACUUUGUGAAAGGCUUCGCCUUGUCAUUUCUUUAAGCAGAUACUAGUGCUUUAAAAAUAUGACCUUAAAAAUACCCUCUUUUCAGGAAUAUCUGUAAUACAAGAACCAAGGAACAGCUUUUAUUUGCAUUCCUAAAAUGAAAAGUCAACCCUAUGAAAGAGCUCCAUGCAUAAGGGACAGUCUCCAAACUGAUAACACUGGAAGCCAGUUUAAUGUAAAACAAUUCCCUAAACAUUGAUUUAAAAAAAAAAAAAGAUGUUAUUGAGGACGUAGGAGAAACACUCAAUACAUAACUUUAAGGCAAAACUACAACCAAACACAUCGACACAUAUAUAAAGAUCCAUGUGUGGCUGUGAAGGAAUAUCUUAUGCUCUGAAUUCUCGCUCAAUGGAAGUCUUAUUUACUCAAUUUAAACCACCCAGGUUGCUGUUCCACCAUAGAAGAGAAAUCCACUGGGAGGAAAAAAGGAUCAUGCUGUCAAUUUAUCAGAUAUUUAUAAAUGCAUA